CGACGAAUUUUGCCGGCGAUGAGGAAGACGGUCGAGGGAAAGGGGAAGUGAGGUUCCUUCCCGCAGAGAACAGGAUCUUCAACAUUUUGAGGUAUCCCAAAGUUGGUCGAGUAGCCAGUAUUUCAAUUCUAGUGCUGCUGUUUGAACUUUGAAGGCUGAUUAAUAAAUCACUCUUGCUGUUGGAAGGAUCCUUGCAGCUGGUCCAGAUCUCCUGAUUUGAAGGCUUAUUAUAAAACUCCCUUGUUUUGGCUCCUGGACCUUUGAACAUCUGAAGGGCCUUAAUGGCAUAUGAAUUGGAUGAACAAAAAAGGAUAGGCGUGGGGCUUAUAGGUUUCGGCCUUGCGUUUACAUUUCUUGGCAUUAUUCUCUUCCUUGAUAGGGGCUUGCUUGCUCUUGGAAAUAUUCUCUGCUUGUCCGGAGUGGCCCUUAUUCUUGGCUGGAGGUCAACCUGCAAGCUCUUCUCUGAAAAAGUGAAUAUCAAGGGUUCCCUUUCCUUCUUUGUUGGCGUGUUCCUCAUCUUAGUUGGUUGGCCUAUACUUGGCAUUCUCUUAGAGUUUUAUGGCUCCGUCGUUCUUUUUAGGGGUUUCUGGCCCUCCAUAAAAGUUUUUCUUUGCAACAUUCCAGUAUUAGGGUGGUUCAUUCAGUACCCAUCUCUGUUCCUUAAUCGCUUCUGGCAAUCAAAAGCAGCUUGAGACCACGUCUCAAAGGGUUGAAUUAUCCAAGCAGGAGAAAAUGAAGCUAAUUAAAUGUUUAACCGUGAAUUGCCAUGGGUUGUACAUGUGAAUGAGCAAUGGCUUGUUAUGAUAGUUGCUUCAUUCUUGUUAUCAGCUAGCCUGCAAGCGUCCUCCAUAUGAUGCACGCAAGGGCUGUGGGUUAGAGAAAGGUGAUUGGGUACGGUCUGGGUUUAGGUGAAAUCACUUUCAUUAACUCUACCGAAUGUGAGACAUGAAUUGCCUUUAGAGAUUAUCAACAUGAAUAGAUAUUUGGCGAACGUAA